AUGGGGGGAAAAACUUUCAAAGAAUGGCAGUAUUUCAAGUUAUCAAUCACCUCGUUCGAUGAGGAUAUAGACAAUGUCCAUGUUAUUGAUCAGAUGACAUGGAGGCAAUGGUUGAAUAACGCAUUGAAACGUAGUUAUGGUAUUUUUGGUGAAGGCGUUGAAUAUUCAUUUCUCCAUGUUGAGGAUAAGCUGGCAUACAUAAGAGUAAACCAUGCGGAUAAAGAUACAUUUUCUUCAUCGAUCAGUACAUACAUAUCUACUGAUGAACUUGUUGGAUCACCUUUAACAGUGACAAUUCUACAGGAAUGUUCCAGUUUAAACCUUUUGGAUAUCACUGACCAUGACCGUAUAUGGCUGAAGAGGGCAGUGAGCGAGGAAGAAGAAGAAUACUGUAAAUGUACAUAA